AUGCUGCAUCUACCCAAGAUCAUCCCAUUCGUAUUCGCUACCCUUGCGGUCACAUCCGCCCGAUCGGUAGUCAUCACGGCGGGGAACCCGAACGGAUUAUCGAUCGAGAAUGUCGGUCAUGCCACCGUUCUCAAGUUCAAUCAGCCUGCAAACACUCAAUUGUGGCAGUUGAUCGAACCUGCGCCACCAGCUGGCAAGCAAUGGGGAAACGGUGCUGGUACUUUCAUGAUUCACCAGAAAAUCGAUCCCAAAUCCAUCGUAUGCCAUCUCGAAGGGACACUCGGUGAGGGGCCCCUUGAUGUACAAUGGAACUUCGGUGACUGUACGGGAAACGCCGACGAGCCGGGCUGGGAAGUCAAACAGGGCUUGUUGUAUUCGUGA